CAACCAUACACACUUCAUCUUGUAAGGUGGUGCAAGAAAGACCUGUUAAGAUUCGUGCUGCUUGCUGCUCAAACAGCUUCUUUUCUAAUAUUUUUUGCAAUUUUUGAUAUCUGAUCUGCUGUUUAAAGAAGCAUAAAGCAAUUCAGCUUUUAAUACUACCCCACAAAAAAACAAAAACAAAAUAAAAAACAAACAAAUCUUGACAUCAAAACUUGAGCAAAGAUGUUUGGUGUUCAUCAUAGCAGCGUGUCUUCUGGCUUGCAUACCUUUUCCAUGUGGGAACAUUAUGUUACUGGUGCUCUUUACUUGAUAAUUGGUGUAACGGCUUUUUCAACCAAUGGACUUGCAGCAAUUGUUUUGGCAAGGCAGAACACACAACCUCGAAGGAAGUACAGCACAUUGAUCUACUUCCUUCUGACAAGUGCUUUGGUCAAUAUUGGAUUUCCUCUGAACUCAUCUUCAAGUAUUGCUGGAAGAUGGCUUUUUGGAAAUUUUGGCUGCCACUUCUAUGGAUUUAUUGGAUUUGUUGUUGGAAUUUCCCACAUAUGGAUGCUGUUUGCAUUUUGUAUUGAACGAUAUGUUGCCACUUGCCAUAGAGAAUUCUACAAAAGAAUGCCUUCCAUUUACUACACCUUGUUGUUUGCUGCUAUGUAUUCAGUCGGUACUUUCUGGGCUGUCAUGCCUCUUCUGGGAUGGGGCGAGUAUGGACUGGAGCCAACAGGAACCUCUUGCACCAUUUCUUAUAUCAAUGCCACUGACAGUUUCCAGUCUUUGAUCAUGUCAAUGGUUAUUGUGACCUAUUCUUUCCCAAUCAUUGUAUCUUGCUAUGCUGUCUCCAAGGCAUGGACAGCGCUUGGCAACAUGUCGGACUCUGAGAAGGAAAAAGAUCGAGAUUUGUUAUCUGAAGAGCAGCUAACUGCUAUGGCAACCGUAUUUAUUCCUAUUGCACUAAUCUCAUGGUCUGGAUUUGCUUACGUUUCCAUCUACUCAGCAAUAACCGAUGGAGGAACCACCCUUUCUCAUUUGUCCGUUUCCAUGGCCCCUCUCCUGUCCAAAGCUGGAGUCAUCCUGUACCCAAUGAUCAUCUUGGUGGCUGGUAUCCGCAGCAUUCCUAAAGCAGAAUCCAAGAAGCCUUAAUUGAUUUGAGAAACUAUUGGCUCACCGAAUAUGGUGCAGCUGAGAGAGGAUGAAUGCACAUAUGCAUAUUUACAUACAUAAACAAAUAUACGUAUAUAGAAACAUAUAAAUAUAAUUAUAGUCACGGACCAAGACACAUGGAAUUUGCAGAGACCUACAUACGGACAUGAAAUUGUUUUCAUGAACACAAUACAUGCAUAUAUGCUUAGAUACAGACACAGAAUUGUUUAUUAAAUGUAUAUAUGUUGAAGGAGUCUUUAAAAAAACAAACCAAUAUUAGAUUUAUUACUAUAUUAAAUUAUGUCCUUUGGUAUCUUUUAAAUGUAAA